AAUUAGGGUCCUCGUCCGCCUUCCUGUGACAUUGUACCGCAGUGAAGGAAUCCGAGCGCAGCGCUGAGGAGAAAGAGAAGGCCGCCGCCAUCAUGUUCCGCACUAUGCUCACCCACGCCCGCAAACACCCCAGCUUGAUUCCUCUGUUCUUGUUUGUGGGGGCCGGAGGUGUGGGGUCCCUUAUGUACGCUCUGCGAGUGGCCAUGAGAAGCCCUGAAGUUUGUUGGGACAAGAAGAACAACCCAAACCCCUGGAAUAAGCAGGGCCCCAACUACCAGUACAAGUUUUACAAUGAGACAAUCGACUACAAGAAUCUGAAGAAGGAAGGACCCGACUACUAAGACGCCCCCCGUUCAUUUCCAGAAGCCGCCGGUCAGCGCGGCUGGAGCGCCGCGAUUCAUCCUGUCCAGGAAUGUCCGUUGCCAUUCCCUCUAUUUAAUCAGAUCAGACCUGUUAAUUGAAUUGACACCGCUCUGUCUGUCUUGGUAAUGUGUUUAGUUGUGCUUGAUGCAAUUAAACCAAUUAAAUCGGAGUCUGUUUUUAUAAUGGCUGCUUAGAUACGCUCUGCUCUCACUUCCCGGUCGUGUAGAUAUCCGCCCAGCGCAGGAGCCGCGUGCUCCGGACUGUAAAAUACAGAUGUUUGUACAACAAGUGA